UAACGAUCGGGCCAAACGAGACAAAGGCUCUGUUGCAGCAGCUCUUCUGGCCCUGAGCUCGAAACUCGAAACGCCAUAGCCGUCGGGUCUCCGUCUUCGUACGUACUCCACGCCUUCCUCGUCGCUCCUCGUGCUCCGACAGACGUCCCAGUGGCUCCGCCGUUCCCGAUUUGGUUGGAAUUGGUCUGUAGGCCGUUCGAUUCGGUAUCAGUAGCGUGUGUGAGGCCGUGGAUGGUUGCGGCAUCUAUAUGUGGUGAUUUGGCUUGAGGCAUCUGGCGAGGGGUUGUUGCGAGCCGCCAGGCUUUGCGACCUGCGGUGCAGUGAUUGCCGUGUUUGCGGUGGGAGUGGUAAUCAAACCCUAAUCAAGAUCUGUGUGCAUAGGCUUCUGGUUCGGAGUCGGCAAUUUUAUCUUUUGACGUUUUACCUGCGGUGUCGCUGCGUGGAAGGGCUUGUAGGAACCUGUUUGUAGCGCUGGAGGGGGAGGCGGACAGAUCAUUGGUGGGCGUGCGGAGGAGGGCCAGAGGAGGAGAAGAAGCCGUGGCGGAAAUUCGCGGGAAUCGACUAAAACGUGAAUUUACGGGGCCUUCAAGCACUCUCUGCAUGUGUGCCUGUAUUGCCUUGAGUCACCCUCGGCGCUCUUUUGAGGCUUCACAACUGGAAGGCAAUAAUUCGCAGCGCAGGCAACGCCAUCUAUGGCGCCCGCGGAACAACUCAAGACCAGAAGUGAAUCUGGUAGUAGUGGGGUAAGGAGUACAACCCCUACAGUUAUCGUCAUCGGCGCUGGUUUUGGAGGCCUCGCUGCCGCCCGAUUUCUCUACAACUCGAACGUGAAGGUUGUGGUGUUGGAGUCUCGUGAACGGAUUGGGGGUCGUGUUUACACUGACUAUUCUUUUGGAUUCCCCGUCGAUAUGGGGGCUUCAUGGUUACAUGGAGUAUGCAAGGACAACCCUCUCGCACCUGUUAUCGGCAAGCUACGAUUGCCUUUGUAUCGAACAUGUGGCGAUAAUUCAGUUUUGUAUGACCAUGACUUAGAGAGCUAUGCGCUAUUUGACAUGGAUGGUCACCAAGUUCCACAAUCUCUGGUCACGGAGGUCGGGGAGGUGUUCGAGAGUUUAUUGGAAGAGACAAAGAAACUCAGGGAUGAGCACUCGGAUGACAUGUCAGUAAUGAAGGCGUUUACACUAGUCUUGGAGAAACGGCCAGAUCUGAGGCAAGAGGGGAUGGCAUUCAAAGUUCUGCAGUGGUAUUUGUGUCGCAUGGAAGGAUGGUUUGCAGCCGACGCAGACAACAUCUCCGUUCAAAGUUGGGACGAGGAGGAGUUGCUUCAAGGUGGGCACGGUUUGAUGGUGAAGGGUUAUGAGCCCGUUAUCAGCUCCCUUGCUGAAGGUCUUGAUAUCAGAUUCAAUCAUAGGGUUACGAAGAUCAGUCGGCGCCUGCAUGGAGUGCGAGUGGGCACCGAAGAUGGGAAGGUAUUCGAAGCUGAUGCUUGUGUUGUAGCAUUACCUCUGGGAGUGUUGAAAGCAAAUGUGGUGCGGUUUGAGCCGAGAUUGCCGGAGUGGAAGGAGGCAGCAAUUGCUGAUUUAGGGGUGGGCAACGAGAAUAAGAUCGCCCUGUUCUUUGAGGAAGUGUGCUGGCCGAACGUAGAGUUCCUUGGAGUUGUUGCCCCGACUUCGUACGGUUGCAGCUACUUUUUGAACCUUCACAAGGCAACAGGGCACCCUGUGUUGGUAUACAUGCCUGCAGGACGUCUUGCCAAUGAUAUUGAGCAGCUGUCAAAUGAGGCUGCUGCCAACUUCGCUAUCAGGCAGUUGAAAAGAAUAUUGCCGAAUGCUGCAGAGCCGAUCAAAUAUCUGGUGUCGAGGUGGGGGACGGACCCAAACUCGAGGGGGUGCUACAGCUAUGACGCAGUGGGCAAGCCCCACGAUCUGUACGAACGGCUACGCACACCAGUUGACAAUUUGUUCUGGGCUGGGGAAGCCACCAGCGAGAGGUUCCCUGGAACUGUGCAUGGUGCGUUUCAUACAGGUGUGAUGGCAGGAAGUGAGUGUCUGAAAAGAUUUGCUGAAAGGUGCCGGGAUCUGGAGAUGUUUCAGCCCGUGAUGGCGAAAGAAGACGAACUGAUCACGCCAUUGUUGAUUUCUCGGAUGUGAAGAACGCACAAGCUACCUACUUCGUUGUGGGCCGUGCGGGUGGGUCGUCCAUGAGAAUGGGCUCUAGGGGUGGUAUCGUGGUAAAUGUUGUUAUCAUAUGGAUCUUGAAGCUUUGUCAUACAAUUACUAAAAUCACUCCCAACUCUGGGCAAGCAAAGUGGAAUGAGUAUCAUGACGUCUCUUCAGUUGUGGAGUGCGAGAAGUUGGCAAUGAGACUGAGAGUUAAUGGGCCUGGGAACAUGAGAACCCCACACAGGCCGUAACCUUAGACUCUAUAACAGCUUGCUGGUAGUGUAGCCGUAAGUUGUGAAUAGUGUUGUGAGGGUGUGGAUAGGUUAAACCAAGUUGCAAGACAGGGAUCACUGGCGUUGGUGAAGUUCUUGUGGCGUAGUAGUGUCAGACAUUUGACUUUAGUAGUAGAGUCCACAUGAGAGUUUGGGGUUGCACGUCUGCUCCCCCUCUAUAUUCUGCCCGCUGCGCAAGCAAGCCGUAGGCACAUUGGACUAGUGCUUGUAGGUCCGAAGCAAUGCUUGGUCGAGAUAAUUCCCACGAACUGUUGCAUCCUGGCACGUCCCAUUGCAUGGUUGCAAUCUGAAAGCAUUCUUUAUUAUAAUUCAAGGCAACAGAUGGUCGUCUGGUUGGUCUCAAUUUGUA